GAUAUGAGAUUGAACCUCUUUCAGUGGAAUGACGCGCAGGGAGGGGAAAGAGAGCGGCGUGAUGCCACCCAACCAUACAACAAAAACAAUCUAAAAUCAACGGAUUAUAAUCAAAGACAGUUGGAUUUGGCCAGAAAUUUAAUUCUCUCUUUUUUACAUCAUGAUAUCAGCGGCGAUGCAUUUAACGCUGAAUCUGCGCGCAAAAGCCCCCCUUAUAACAAUGGAAGCACACAAGAGGUACGUGCUCUUCUUUUUUCUUUGUUUUUUCAUCCGUCAUUCAGCGACUUCGGUCAGCCAUUAUUCUAUACCAGAAGAAAUGAAAGCAGGGUCGGUUAUUGCCAACCUUGCAACCGACCUCAGCCUGGAUGUGAAAACACUAAAACAGAGGAAGAUGAGAGUCGACAUCAUCGCAAACAAAAAGUACUUAGAUGUGAACAAAGAAACCGGGGAGCUGUAUAUCGUGGAGAAAAUUGACAGGGAGCACGCAGGACUUUGCACCAAAUCCUCCUGUUACCUCAAGCUUGAGGUCAUACUGGAUAAUCCAGUGCGGAUUUUUAACAUCGAAGUUGAAAUCCUGGACAUGAAUGACAACGCCCCGCAAUUUCGAAGAGACGUAAUAUAUCUAGAUAUAUCUGAAGCCGCUCCCAAAGGGGAAAGAUUCUCUCUCAGCAACGCGGUUGAUUCUGAUGUUGGAAUUAAUUCGGUGAAAACAUAUCAUCUGAGUGAAAAUGAAUACUUUAAUAUUGAGGUCCAGACUGGGCGAGACGGUUCAAAAUUUGCUGAUUUGAUAUUGAAAAAAACCUUAGAUCGAGAGCAGCAAGCCGUUCAUAAUUUGAUACUAACAGCUGUAGAUGGAGGAACACCUUCUAGAUCGGGUACUGCCAGUGUUAUUGUUCGUGUUUUAGACACCAACGACAAUGCACCUGCGUUUGAUAAAUCGAUUUAUAAUGUUAAAUUGAUGGAAAACUCCCCUAUUGGGGGCCUUGUUAUUCAUCUCAGUGCAACAGAUUUAGACGAGGGAUCAAAUUCUGAUUUAACGUACGCAUAUAGUUUAUAUACGUCGGAGAAGACACAAGAAACUUUUAAUCUAAAUCCAAAAACAGGUGAAAUUACUGUGAAGGGAAUGUUGAACUAUGAGGAUUUUAGGAUUUAUGACAUGGAAGUCAUAGCAACAGAUAAAGGAGCCAACAGUUUGUCAGGACAAUGCACCAUAAAGAUUAUAGUUGAAGACAUGAAUGACAACCACCCUGAAAUAUCUAUUAAAUCAUUUCAGAGUCCAGUCAGUGAAAACAUAGAAUUAGAUACAGUGAUAGCUGUAGUUAGUGUCAGUGAUAAAGACUCUGGUGAUAAUGGAGUGGUUGAUCUUUAUAUUCCAAAGAACAUGCCUUUUAAAUUAAAGGAGUCCUCUGAUAACUAUUAUGAGUUAGUGGUGUCAGAGCCAUUAGACCGAGAGAAGGUCCCAGAAUAUGACAUCACUUUCACUGUCAAAGACAGAGGCUCUCCUCCUUUAUUUGACAAUGAAACUAUGACUUUGGAGCUGUUGGAUGUUAAUGACAAUGUUCCACAGUUUCCCCAGUCAUUUUAUACUAUACGUGUCAUGGAGAAUAAUGCACCGGGGGCCUUGCUCAGCUCGCUCAUUGCAUUUGAUCCUGACCUCCAUGAAAACCAGUAUCUAGUUUAUUUUAUAAUAGAGAAGGAGAUUGCCAACACCUCCAUGUCCAUGCUGUUCUCCAUCAAUCCAGAGAAUGGGAAUCUUUACGCUCUGAAAACUUUUGAUUAUGAGAUUGAAAAAGAGUUUCUUUUCCACAUCGAGGCCAGAGACUCUGGUUCUCCUCCUCUCAGCAGUAACGUGACUGUUCACAUCAUUAUUGUGGACCAAAAUGACAACGCUCCAACUAUAGUUUCUCCUUGGCGGGCUCAUGGCUCAGUAGUAGAGGAGAAGAUCCCCAGAUCCACUGAUAAAGGCUCUCUGGUGGCUAAAGUGAUCGCCUUAGACACAGACUCUGUGCACAACUCUCGGAUUACCUACCAGUUUCUCCAGGUGACUGAUGCUUCCUUGUUCAGUCUGGAUCAAUACAAUGGAGAGAUCCGGACCAUGAGGAUGUUCAGUUACAAAGACUCCCGCCAUCACAGACUGGUUGUUAUUGCCAAGGACAACGGGGAGCCUGCUCUCUCUGCUACAGUCACCAUCAAGCUGCUGACAGUAGAGACUGAUGUUAAGGCCUACUCUGACAUGACUGAGAUGCCUCUGGAAUAUGACAUCUUUUCAGAUAUAAACCUGUAUCUGGUCAUCGGUCUGGGCUCAGUUUCAUUUCUUCUGCUCAUCACCAUACUGGUCACCAUCGUGCUGAAGUGUCAGAAACCCAAGCCAAGCAAAGCUGCUCCUCCCAGCAGGAACAGUGUGAUCAGUGAGAGGAACUCCACCAUUGCAGACUCCACUCUGGUAUCCAAUGAUGCCUACUGGUACAGUCUGUUUCUGGCAGAGACCAGGAAAGGAAAGCUGGUGGUUAGACAGCCUGUGCCAAAGGGCUCCAGGUACAUCGUGUCCAGCCUUCCGAGAGGGACAGGACUGUCAGAGACUAGUGGUUCAGCAGCUUCUACUCUGCAGGUAGGAGAAUAGUUAGUAAUUCCACAC